AUGCCCCCAACCCCAAGCUUCACCACACCAACCUUCACGAUCGUCCUCGAGCCGACCGGGGUGGAGUUGAACGGGGUGGAGCUGCCGCGCAUCACCGGCAUCCUACGGCGCGAAGGGGUGGCCACGACGGCGACAGAGCCACCGAACCCAAACACGCACCCGUGGUCCCUCCUGGAAGCAGGAAGGACCAUGGUGGCGAGCGCGAAGGACCUCAGCGAAAAGGUAGCGCAGGCAGCUGCGGAGCACGGCUUCCUUUCUACGCUCAAGACCAUGGAGGAGGAGAAGCUCCCUCCACUCAUGGAGAAAUCUGGACGCCUGGAGGCUCAGAUCGUUCAACUCGAGGGAUACGUCCACAGCCGGGCACAGCAGCCGCCCGACGCGGUAGAGUACCGACUGGCCCGUUUCAGGAGCUACGUGGACGAAGCUGUGGCCAAGUUGGACGCCGUCAGGCGAGAGUGGGACAACCUCGAGGCCGACUCCAACGCCAACCAAGACGAGUGGAAACGUUUCAUGGCAGUCCCACCCCGCAGCCGCUCCCAAGCCCGCCGCGUCAUUGACGAGCUGUGCGCCCGCGAUCCGGUGCAAACAUUCACUGAUCCCGUCGCACUACUGCGUAUCGCCGUCUACUUUGACCUCCUGGGUAGCAAGGCUGCACGCCACACGCUGCUCUUGCUCCUCGACUCAUUGGGAGCAUCGACUGAACGCGUGGUCCGACAGCUGGAGGCCCGAUAUCCCGACUUCCCCUUCACGGAUGAGCAGUAUCAACUCAUUUUCCCGUUUCAUAACUGA